AGAAAUUUAAAACCCUUUCCUUUCAUUUUUUUUUCAUGAUGACAUGAAAAUCCAUGUAAAGGGGGUUGGAAAAGAUUCGUCGGCCACCAAAUAGGAAAGCUCUCUUCCUCAAUUAGGCAAGAUCGCGAAUAAAUCUUGAUUCGCUAAAAAUUUGUUCGAUCCUCGAUUUUAACGCUGUGAAAUUAAUUGACGGGCAAGUCAACUCGGUUGGGGUCGGAGUCGUCGGACAAAAAGGCUAAGUUGGCUCUAGCCGUUGGUUUACAGUCCCAACAAAGUGCAUGCAGUAGUCACUCUCUCUCUCUCUGAAGAACAGACAUGGGGUUGAUGAACCUAAUUUGCCCUAAAUCUCCUCCCGUGUGGGAUGGGGGUAGAUUCUCAGAGUGUUUCAUAUUUACAGUGCUAGGUUUUGGAGUCAAUACAAUGACUUUGGUGAUGAUCAUUGUACUCGGAAUUACUAAUAGAAAUGCCAGAGGUUGUGGAAAGAUAUACCUUUUAGAGAAGGUUGUUCUGCGUAUUAUACCUGCUCUUGGAGCAAGCGUGGCAUUUCUUGACAUGAUUAUACUUUUGAGGGAUGCACGAAAUGCUAAUAGUACUCCAUACCCUGAGUGGCUUUUCAGAGGUACUCAGUUCUUGAUGUGGGUUACUGUUCUCCUUGUCUCAAAGUUUGGCAACUGGUUUGGUACUUUUUGCAACCGUAUCUUGUGCUUUUGGUGGAUCAUGAAACCAUUUCUGGCAAUUCCUUUUCUGCUAAUAGCUUUUUCUUCUCACGAGGCUUUGAGAUUUCUUAGUGAGAGUUCUUUGCUUACUGCCGAUAUCAUGUUUGGCAUCUGUAUAAACAUCAUCAGAAUAAAGAGGACAUCCUCCAUAAGAAGCAAAUAUGGUGCUAUGGAUGAGCCACUUCUCUCCUCUGGACUGGACAUUGAAGAAGGCUGCAAGGAUUCUGAAAUUGGCCACGGCUUUUGGCAUCUCUUGACAUUCAAAUCUGUCAACUCUGUAAUGGAACAAGGCGUGAUAAAGCAACUUGACUUUGAAGAUUUGCUUCAGCUACCCAAUGACAUGGAUCCAUUUUCGUGCCUUAAUAUGCUGCUACGUUGUUGGCAAACUCAACAAAGAAAUAACUGCUCUGAUCCUUCAUUCGUUAAAGCCAUAUUUAGUGCAUAUGGAUGGGCAUAUCUGCGUUUAGGAGUGCUAAAGGUGUUAAAUGAUUGUAUGGGUUUUGUGGGACCGCUGCUUCUCAAUAAGCUGCUUCAAUUUCUUCAACAAGGUUCUCAAGGUUUGGAUGGGUAUAUUCUGGCAAUUUCAUUGGGUCUGACCUCUAUCUUGAAGUCCUUCCUUGAUACACAAUAUUCUUUUCGUCUUUCCAAGCUAAAGUUGAAGCUACGAGCCAGUAUUAUGACUCUUAUUUAUCAGAAGUGCCUACGUGUUACCCUAGCAGAACGAUCGAAAUUUUCGGAAGGGGAGAUUCAGACAUUCAUGUCUAUAGAUGCUGAUCGAACUGUCAACUUGUUUAACAGUUUACAUGAUAUUUGGAGCUUGCCAUUUCAAAUUGGAGUUGCAUUGUAUCUAUUGUAUACACAGGUCAAGUACGCUUUCCUUUCAGGAAUUGCGAUUACCAUCUUGUUAAUACCAGUCAACAAGUGGAUUGCUAAUUUAAUUGCAAGUGCCACCAAAAAAAUGAUGGAGCAAAAGGAUGAAAGGAUUAGGAGGACAGGAGAAAUUUUGGCAUAUAUCCGCACUUUGAAAAUGUAUGCAUGGGAGGUUCUUUUUACUAGUUGGUUAAUGGAGACCCGAUUUUUGGAAGUGAAACACUUAUCGACACGGAAGUAUUUGGAUGCAUGGUGUGUAUUCUUUUGGGCAACAACACCAACUCUUUUCUCUUUGUUCACAUUUGGUCUCUAUUCCUUGAUGGGGCAUCAACUUGAUGCUGCAACGGUUUUCACUUGUCUGGCUCUGUUUAAUAGUUUGAUCUCUCCACUGAAUUCAUUUCCAUGGGUCAUAAAUGGGUUGAUUGAUGCCAUUAUAUCUAUCAGGCGUUUAAGCAGAUUCCUCUCCUGUCCUGAGCAUGAACCUGAAAAGACGGGAAAGUCUCUGGCAUUGUCUUGCGCUAAAGACCACUCUGAUAUGGCUAUUAUCAUCCAUGAUGCAUGUUGUACUUGGUCAAGCAGUGAUAAACAGGAUCUGGAUUUGAUAUUGGAUCAUGUGACUGUACACCUUCCAAAAGGCUCAUUGGUUUCAGUUAUUGGAGAGGUUGGUUCAGGUAAAUCAUCCCUGUUAAAUUUGGUUCUGGGAGAAAUGAGGCUCAUCAGUGGAUCUGUACAUUCAAGUGGAUCAAUAGCUUAUGUACCACAGGUACCAUGGAUUCUUUCUGGAACUCUCCGUGAUAACAUUCUGUUUGGGAAGGAUUACAAUCCACUAAGAUACUCAGAUGUGUUACAGGCAUGUGCACUUAAAGUGGAUAUUGCACAAAUGGUAGGAGGUGAUCUGGCUUACAUUAGUGAGAAAGGAGUGAACUUAUCAGGUGGACAGAGAGCUCGUCUUGCUCUGGCCAGGGCUAUCUAUUGUGGGUCUGAUAUAAUCAUGCUCGAUGAUGUCCUCAGUGCAGUUGAUGCACAAGUUGCUCGCUGGAUUUUAUAUGAAGCAAUUCUUGGUCCUCUUAUGAACCAACAGACACGCAUUCUUUGCACUCAUAAUAUCCAGGCAAUAUCAUGUGCUGAUAUUGUCGUCGUAAUGGAUAAAGGACGUGUGAAGUGGGUGGGGCACCCAGCUGACUUGUCAACUUCAUCUUUAGAAUUCUCUCCAUCAAAAGUAUUCAACAUCCAGUCUCAAGUUCAUGCACAAGAGAGAAGUGGAAGUACUUCUACGGAAGCCAAAGAAAUUACUAUUCCAGAGAGUGAUCACAUAUAUGCUUCUGAGGCACCAGAACAAGUUUCUGAAGAAGAGCUAAGGAAAGAGGGCAGAGUUGAACCCACUGUAUACAAACACUAUGCUGCAUUUGCUGGUUGGUUUAUUACAAUUGUAACAUGUCUCUCUGCAAUUUUGAUGCAAGCUUCUCGCAAUGGCAAUGAUCUGUGGCUAUCAUUUUGGGUUGAUGUAACUGGAACCAAUAAAAAGGGCUAUCCCACAUCCUUCUAUCUGGUUGUGCUCUGCAUCUUCUGUGCCAUCAAUUCCUUGCUAACAUUAACGAGGGCAUUCUCAUUUGCAUUUGGCGGUUUACGUGCUGCUAUUCAGGUGCAUGAUAAACUGCUAAAGAAGCUCAUUGAUGCACCCAUUAUAUUCUUUGAUCAAACACCAAGUGGGAGAAUUCUUAACAGGUUAUCUUCAGAUCUUUAUACCAUCGAUGAUGCUCUUCCAUUUAUUCUCAACAUUCUUCUGGCUAAUUUUGUUGGCCUCUUGGGGAUUGCUAUUGUUUUGGCAUAUGUGCAGGUCGUGUUUUUGCUGUUAUUAUUGCCGUUGUGGUAUAUCUACAGCAAACUGCAGUUCUACUACAGGUCUACGUCUCGCGAAUUGCGGAGGCUUGACAGUGUCUCUCGUUCACCGAUUUAUGCAUCAUUUACAGAGACACUAGAUGGAUUGUCUACUAUAAGGUCAUUCAAGUGUGAGGGCUUCUUCAUGGAUAGGUUUACCAGGAACGUGACAUCUUAUCAGCGAACUUCUUACUCAGAGAUAAUAGCAAGUUUGUGGCUCUCCCUGCGCCUUCAGUUGUUAGCGGCAUUUGUCGUCUCGUUCAUUGCUGUGAUGGCUGUUUUUGGAUCUCGAAGCAAUAUCUCAUUUUUUAUGGAUACCCCGGGUCUGGUAGGCUUGGCUCUUUCAUAUGCAGCCCCAGUUGUAUCUUUGUUGGGAAGUUUUUUAACAAGUUUCACCGAAACAGAAAAGGAGAUGGUAUCUGUUGAGAGGGUUCUUGAGUAUAUGGACGUUCCUCAAGAAGAACUGCUUGGGAACCAACAAUUAGACCCGGAGUGGCCACUUCAAGGACAGAUCGAGUUUCAGAAUGUUACUCUGAGAUAUAUCCCAUCUUUGCCUGCUGCAUUGAAGGACGUCAGUUUCAUUAUUCCUGGGGGCAUGCAGGUUGGAAUUGUUGGAAGAACGGGUGCUGGAAAAUCUAGUGUUUUGAAUGCCAUCUUUCGCCUGAACCCUACAUGUCAAGGACGUAUUUUAGUGGAUGGCAUGAAUAUAGCUGAUGUUUCUGUAAGACAUCUUCGAUCACAUUUUGCUGCUGUUCCCCAGAGUCCCUUCUUGUUUGAAGGAUCCCUGAGGGCUAACCUAGAUCCAUUCCGGGUGAAUGAUGACUGUAAAAUUUGGAAGGCUCUAGAAAAAUGUCAUGUCAAGGAGGAAGUAGAAUCAGCAGGAGGAUUAGACAUCCACGUAAAAGGAUCUGGAACUUCAUUUUCUGUUGGUCAACGACAGCUCCUUUGCCUUGCGCGUGCAUUUCUCAAGUCUUCCAAGGUACUUUGUUUGGAUGAAUGCACAGCCAAUGUAGACACUCAAACAGCUUCAAAGCUACAGAAUGCCAUCUCUAGUGAAUGCAGGGGCAUGACAGUGAUCACAAUUGCCCACCGCAUUUCCACAGUAUCGAACAUGGACAAUAUCCUGAUUCUUGAUCAAGGGGUCCUGGUGGAACAAGGAGACCCUCAGAUUCUUCUACGAGAUGAGAAAUCCAGAUUUUCAAGUUUCGCCAAAGCCUCCACAAUGUGAGAAGUGCUUGCAAUUAUGCCUUGAUCGCGUGUUGAUACACUCCGGUUGUGUUCUAUGUAAAACACCCAUGUAUCACUUAAAAAUGCUGAUACAUUGGUAUUAUUGUACAGCAUUAGAACUCGUUGCUUAAUCGAAUUUUGCAGUCUGAUGCAUUGGCAUAAUGUAACUGGUGGUUCUGGGAAAAUUCCUGCAAGUUCUCAAA